AGGCCAGAAAACUACGUACGAACAAGAUUUCUACUUGUAGCCUGUAAUGUAAUUUCCCCUAACACCUUACCAGAAGCCUGUGGCGUUUCUUGAUCACUCGUUGUUUUCCAUCUCCUCUUUGCUGGUCGGCAGUUACUCGGUCUGCUUAUGCGGUACGAAUACUUAACAAGGAGGUGAUAUGGAACUGUCAGGAUCGAAAUUGACAAAAUCGAAAAAUUUGUGAUGCAUGAAAUGCACGACGCGAAAUACGUGUGUUGCAUAGCAGGCAAGUGAGGCCGAUUGUAAGCCUGUUUGGGGUAAUAGCUCGAGCUGCUAAAGCAGCAUGAGAGAAUCAGUCUUCUCGGCCUAAACAGCAUUACAAACUGGAUUUAGGCACCGCCAGAAUUUGUGAUGCGCCACUUAGAAACUGGGUUCGAACUGGAAUCCAUUUUAUGCAUGGCAAAUCAUUUCGAUUUUGUCAAUUUCGAUUCUGACACUCCCAUAGGUGAUCUUCAUCUUUUCGUCGUUGUAAAAAUCACAGUGAGUACAACUGCUACAACAGCAUGAGAAGUAAAAGCUCUACGUCUACCACCGUGUGGCUCCUGUCGCAACUGGUUAUUUGGUGGCUCAGUAUUUUUACCAGUUGCGAUUUUUAUUUGGAGGAGUUGUUCGGCUUAGGACCUAUUUUUCCAACCCCUUAUAAUUUGAAGUUGAACUUAGAUUUUUCCGAAAAUAACCAUCGCAAAAAUCCUGAACGUCUUCACAGCAAAAAUUUCGUUGCAGCCUACACUCUGAAAUUGACCAAGGCAUCAACAUCAACCACCGGCGGUGACCGCGACGGUACUAAAAAUCCAGGAGUGCAGCAUGCCGACGGUCGUACCGAACCACUCGAACGUCGAGCGACGCCGAGUCAAGACCUUGAGGACCAAGUCCCCGAUUUCCAAGGGCAGCAUUUCUUUCAACAGGACGAUGGGAAAGUGAGUCGGAGAAGUUAUGAUCUUCCCGAAGUAGAUGUAGACAUGGAGCCUCGUCGUGGUCCACCUGAAGUAGUAGGAUUUCUUGGCGGUCGUGAAGAAGAUGUUGACCACCUCGUCGCUGCGCCAGCUGCGGGCAAGGAUAGCACGGCCACGGCAUCUUCGCUCCUGAAACAAGAAGCAAGUGGAGUUGUUGCUGGCACGAGGAGAACUAGAACUACAAGCGACACCAGAAAGAAAGACACUUUAUUGUUGGAGAAGCAAAGCGCGUCGACGGGGUGCGGCGACAAGGAUCAUGAAGAAGUAGACCAGGACGAGGAGCCGGUGGGUGAACAUCAACUGUGGAACGAUAAAGAUCGAGAUCCUAACAAGGCUGAGGAGCUGAUGCAAAAUCAAAACGUGGACGAGGAUAAAGCUCCAGCAGCUCUGUUGGAAGCGGGAGGUGGAACAACUGCGAGAAGAUCGGAAGUUGUAGAGAGCGAAGUAAAAACCACGAAAACGACCACGUUCACUUACGCGUACGAAUGUGAACCAGAUACACACGACUGGAACGGCGUUAGCGGAACGCAAAAAGACAAACUUGGGGAAGAGCCUGGUUGCUGGGCUGGCGGAUGCUAUCACGUGCGCAACGAGUGGAAAGAAUGGACGAACGUUCCACCAAAUGGGGAAUGGUUGCCUAUCACAUGGGAAAUAAACACAGUUUCACUAGAGAGGCUUCAGUGCCUGCAGACUUUAGUUUCGUAUGUGGGAUGAUAAGACACGACUGGCAUUUGGUUCAUUUCUGGUGUGGGUGUGGCUCCAGGUUCAGUAUGUUGCAUGAAAGGCAACGCAGAAUCAAUUUUAGACAGCUGCGAGCACCGCACCUCCAGCAAGGUCAACAUGUCGAGCCAUGAGAUCCUGGUCCCUAUGUACUUAGAGCGCGCUGGUCCCACCUAUGUCGUGAGAGCGUGUUCUUCAAAAAGAAACAAAGAGCAGUGGUCCUCGAACAAAGAGGUGAAGGUUCUUCGCGAUCAGCGGAACAAACAGGUCGAAGGUAAAUCCAACGCUUUGAUGUUGAUGGCAGCGGGCUUUGCUUGGCCUGGGGAGAGCUGUGUUUAUUUUUUCAGGUUGAUGGUACCGGACCGAACGGUUUGCAACACAGACCCGAGCACUUCCAAAACUUACACCUCUGCGGCGGGGUUUCAGCGGCAGGAAAGGACGUGCUGGUUCAAACAUUGCAAAGAGGAUGUUAGGGCAAAGCACUGCUUCAAUGAUCACACGUGCCAUAAGGAUGGAGACGAAAAGGUGAUAAAGCAACGGCGCACCUGGACCUGCAAGAUUCCGGAUUGCGUUACCCGGUGGAAGAUCGAGCUUGCAUUACGUACAAGUCGGAUGAGAAGUACCCGAGUGUGUUUUUGUGCACGACGAAUAUAUAAUACUAUGGUGUACUAGCUGCGCCAAGCUUCCCAAGAAAGAAUUGUGCCGCUGUAUUUUGAGUGCAUGCAAUUAUCAAGAACGUGAUUGACAAGUAGCCUCUCCGAGGGGUCGUGAUCGAGUAUAGACUUUUGCUUUGUACGUAAUUCAAGAAGAUUUUGACUGCAUGCGCGUCAACAUCAACGCAGACGGGGUUCCGGAGGCGGAGGAAAAGCCCUCUGACAUGACUUCCGCGGCUAUCAAAUGCAAAUACAUCAUCUGGGCCUGGAGGUGGAAUGCGAGUUUUAGUUUUUGCCAUGCUGUUCUUGCAUGACAUACAGGGUCUUGUGUGCACCCCCCCUAGCAAGAACAAGAAGACAUGUUUGAAAUGGCUUUCGCAAUGCCUAAUCCGCAUGACAAAUCGCCUCCUUCGAUGACACGCAGUGGGCAAAUUUUGCUGUCCAUGCAUGACUGACUUCUGUGUCAUCUCAGAUGCGUGGCAUAACAAGUUUGUACUUUUCCAGGCCCCGAGGACAUAUUUGCAAUGCACAGUGGCGCCAGAGGAGCAAUCCGAUUUGGAUGACAUGUUGAACACGGAGAACCCCUCGGAAAGUACCACACCCAACCCGUCUGAGGCGCCGGAAGAUGGUGCGGGUAGUGGUGCAGGCGCAGCUGUCGUCUCUAGUACCGACGCCGGCGCCGGUGCCACGGCCGCCGCGGAUGCAGCCGACCCUGCCGCCAAUGCGAGCAAUGCGGGGUUCUAUCAAAUGUAAAAAUGUCUGGGUCUGGAAGUGUCAUGCUGUUUUUGCAUGACACAGAAGGUCUGGCAUCGAAGCUCUAGCGUCGCAGGUUUCGAGAAGCUUCCGCAAUGCCGAAUCCGCAUGACAAGUCCCUCACUUUUCUGACAGAAAGCUGGCAGCUUUUGCUACGUAUGCAUGACAGACUUUUCUGUGUUGUGCAAUACGCAUUACAAGUCGCAUUCUUCCAGACCCAGACAUUUUUACAUUUGAUAGGUUCACUUCCGAAGCAAUCGCGGGAAUGAUCGGGGGCGCGGUGCUGGUGGUCGUGCUUUGUGGCGUCGUUGGGGCGUAUUGCCGAAGUGGUCACUAUCCCGUGAAAAAACGUCCUCAUCCCAUAGUUGUCAUGCACUUCUGCAUGCCAAAAACGUUUCUCAUGCGGACCCCUAUGAGAAGCAUUCUCUGUUCGUGUUUUGCAAUCUGUGAUGCUAGAAUCAGCAUGCUAUGCUAGAUCUGUGAUGCUUCUGAACUAGCUAGACAGGAUGACACUAGUACGAGGACAAACUUGUCAUGCCAAACAACCAAAGCUGGUUGAUUUGUCUAGCAGAUCUCCCAUCUUGACGCUGGUGUGGGGACGUCUUUCAUCAGGAUAGUCACCACGACGAGCUUUACUACGACGACGGCGGGGGCUACUACGAAGGAGACGGUGGUGGAGACAUGAUGGGGUACGGCGGACCACCCGGAUACGGGGGCUUUGACGACGGGGGGUAUGGAAGCUACCGGCCCUCGGCUAUGCGCCCCAGCAAGGGGAUGGGCGGGAAGAUGAGCAAGGGAAAGGGCAAGUACAGCAAGGGUGCGAGUGGCUACGGAGGUUACGGUUAUUGAAUAGAGGUCGGAAGGAAAAGGCCUUUAUUGCGUGUAGACACCCGCUGGAAACUACAACUACAACUUGUUGAGUACUUUACUUUUCUCUCACUCGCGUGAUUGAAAUCGGCUUUGUCUACUGUGCCUCUAUCUACAGUAUCCUCUUUAGCGCAGUAGCAUUUGAUGCGGCCACGAAAGAGGGCAAAAAUUGUCUCACUUCGUUUUUUUAAGCACGACUUGUUUCUUCUUCUUUCCUUUCCUUCAUCAUAUCGGAGCUUUGUUGCAAUUUCAUUUCCAAUGAAGUUCGACAUUUUGACUUUCCUGUGCACAACUGGUUUCUAAUUUUACUCUCUCAUAAUUCUCCCACGAUGAUGGCUCUUCUAGUGGGAAGAUUCUUCUAGGACUCGAAGUGCAAGACAAACAAGCCCCGACUCUUGAAGUGAAAGAUGCGAGUGGGCUUCUUGAAGUGGUG